AUGACAAUGGAGGACAGAAACAGCCGGAAUGGCGGCAGAGAGAGACUUGGACUCAGCUUCACUAUCGACUACCUUUUGUUCAAUAAAGGUGUCAAAGGUUCUAGAGAAGAGGCAACAGGAAGUCGCACAGUUGAAGAGACGGCGAAUAACAUGGUAAACAAUCAGAGUCCUAAACCCAAAGAGGUUGGGAAUGACUCUGAGACACAUGAGAAGCGGCUACAGCGUUUGGAAGCACAGACGGAAGAAAGAAAAGUCAAAGAAGAGGAGGGGGCGGAAGAUCAGCAAAAGGAAGGGGAGGAGGAAGUGACCACCACCACAUUUACCGGUCCAGAGAAGUCAGCGGACAAACCCAACCAGUCGUACAUCGCGCUCAUCUCCAAGGCAAUUCUGGCAUCAGAGCAGAAGAAACUGCUGCUGUGUGACAUAUACCAAUGGAUCAUGGACCACUACCCGUACUUCAAGAGUAAGGAUAAAAACUGGAGGAACAGCGUGCGCCACAACUUGUCACUGAACGACUGCUUCAUCAAAGCGGGCCGCAGUGACAACGGGAAAGGCCACUUCUGGGCAAUUCAUCCAUCGAACUACCAGGACUUUUCGAACGGGGAUUACCACUGCCGGCGGGCACGGCGGAGGGUACGCAGGGUGGCAGGACAGCUCCCUCUUCCUUCUCUUCCCUCCCCCUACCACCCUGCCUUCACCCGGCCUCACAGAACGACCUGUUGGUGCUGCCCUCAAGCCCAAUCACUCCCUCUGUCCUGCUUGGCACCAAGACUCUACUGGCCAUGGUCCAGUGUGCAGCCUCAAGUGGGGAUCCACCCUGGCCUGCGGACCUCCGUACCCUGA